GCGAAAAACUGCUAUUUAUGGACAAGUCCUAAACCAAAACAAAUCAAUUUUUAAAUUUGACAAAAAUGUCGCAAUUCGGAAUCAUGCAGUGAUUAAAAAUACAAAAUUAGUUAAAAAUGAUUUAUUCAAACCGUAAUGUAAAAUCUCAGUAUUAGAAACUGAAUAUAAGACUGAUUUUGUAACUUUAUGACUCCUAAGAGACCCUCAAAGAAACGAAAUAAUGUCAGAGAACGUAGAACUGCAGCAGCUCGUUGAUGAGGAACUCGAAGAGGAGUAUAAAAUUCCGGAUUCAAGACCAUGUUGCCAUUGCCCCUAUCUAGGAUUAAUAUUAGCAACGUUAAGUUCAUUAUUUUUUUCACUAUGUUCUGUAAUUGUUAAAUGGAUGACCGACGUGCAUCCGAUGGCUUUAGCUGCUUACCGUUAUUUGGGAGUACUCCUACCAGCAAUACCAAUAAUAAUUUAUAGAGAAGAAACAGUUUUUCCAAAAGGAAAACGUAUUAUGUUGCUUUUAAGAUCAUUAACUGGUACAGUAUCUUUGGUAUUGAGUUUCUAUGCAUUCCGCCACAUGCCUCUCGCAGAUGCUUCAGUAAUAGUUUUUUCUGUGCCUGUUUUUACAGGUAUUUUCGCCAGGAUGUUCUUAAAAGAACCCUGUGGGUUAUUUAAUGUUGUUUCAGUUAUACUCACUCUAAUUGGAGUUGUUCUGAUUACUAGACCUCCCUUAUUGUUGGGAGAUACUGUGAAUUCACUUGGUGAUAACGGACAGAAGACUGAAAUGUGGGGAGCAGUUGCGGCUUUUUCGGCUACAUUAUUUGGGGCCAAUGCCUAUGUUCUAUUACGUGCUCUUAAAGGGAUACAUUUUUCAGUAAUUAUGACUAAUUUUGGAGCUUUCGCUUUCGUUCAGUGUUUUAUAAUAACUAUCUUAUUGGGAGCAUUGUGCAUGCCACCUUGUGGUAUGGAUAGAUAUCUUAUAGUAGCACUGGCAAUUUUCAGUUUUAUGGGACAAAUUCUACUAACGUUAGCUUUACAAAUGGAGCAGGCUGGUCCUGUUGCUAUAGCUAGAAGCAGUGAUAUUGUUUUUGCUUUCAUAUGGCAGGUAAUUUUUUUUAAUGAAAUCCCAAACAAAUUUUCUAUAGGUGGAGCUAUUUUAGUUCUGUGCUCGGUAGUAUUAAUCGGGCUAAGGAAAUGGGUUAUGGCUUUGCCUUAUGAAGCAAAGAUAAGAACCAAACUGAAUUUCUUGACUAAAUAAAUGCUUUCUACUCACAAUAAAAUCACAAUUAUUAUUACUUAGAUUGUAAUUCAAAUUAAUUUCUUAUCAUUUAAUUUUGAGUCCAAAGAAGCACAAUAAUGCCAUAUGACAAAAAAUUGCGAGGUCAUUUCAAAAACAACUUGAGUCAAGAAAAUAAAAUUUUUAGUAGAGGCGAAAAGGUAAAUAAAAUAAAAACGAUUUUAGUUUGAUAAACAACCUUCUGUAUAUAAGUUGUGAUAUAUAGCUGUCUCCAUCCUUUCUUUGAUCUCCAAGAAAUAGCCAUACUGACACCUGAGUUCACUUCACUUUCACGGUACUGGCACUUGUUCAUUCGACGAAGUCACUGAGUCAACAGUACAAAAUGGGGAUGGUGAAAAGUCAGAUGACACGCAUUUAAGAGCAGAUAGAGGUUUUCAAUUGAUUUAAAUUCAUUCCUUGAAAUAUAUUAAUUUGAUUGGCAUAUAAUCAAAAGCACUGUAUAAAUAUUUAUUGAUUGUAGUAAUGAUAUGACGAGGUAACAUUUAAAACCCCACAUGUCCUUCAAUUGAGACAUUUCCUAUCUAAUAUUUAAGUUUAAAUUUUGGACAUGCGAGGUUUUGUUUGAGUUUGCAUGGGACUGAAAUAGUUUUGAAUGAAAUUCGUAUUAAUAAAUGAACUAUGUAAAUGGGGCUAAAUAAUAACAAAAUGCACUUAGAAUAGUUUAUUUUAACAUCAAAAAAACCAAAUGCAAAUUCUAAGACAUCAACUUUAAUUUAAAAACGUUUUAAUUUUCAAGAGUAACAAAGAUGGAAAAGUCCUAUUAUGCUAAAAAUGGUAAAAAAGAUAAUAGUCUUUAAUAAAACUACAAAUAAUUGCUCAUUGCUUCAGUUUUGAAUUAAAUAUGGAUUGCACAGUCGUCUUCGUCGCAGUCACAUGUAUGCUGAUCGAUCUUCUUUUCUAUGGUUGUUUUCUUCCAUUCUGGCUAUAUGCCCCAAUCAACAUAGACCUCUGCCUGACCACUUCUCCUCUCAUCUUGUUCCACUAGUAUCCCUCCAAAAAAUUGUCUUAUUUUCCUCUUUGUUUUACAUCAUCCAACAUUCAUUACCAUAUAAUACUGUAGGUUUGGUCUUGCAAUUGUUUGUUUAGAAGAACGACACAGGUCAAUUGCGUCCAAAGCAUCAAUUAGUCGCAAUUUAACACAAUAGAAUACCUUUGUAUUGUGUUAAGACGGGGUAAAAACAUUACAGCAAGAAGAGCCAGAAUUACUCAAGUCUUUGGCAGUUUCACAUUUGGUAGGCUUUUGAAGUACUUUUCACUAAUACACCACUUCCACAAUCAAUAUUUUCCUUAUUUUUGUAUCAAAACACUAGCUAAGCAAUUCGCACACCGAAACACUGUAGAACAUAAUCUAAAAACUGGUGAAGCCAUAAACAACAACAUUGACAGUUCACGUGACCAGCGGGGCCUUUUCUUAUUGGUUUAAUGGACAUGCUCGUUUUUGUUUGAAACUGCUAGUAAAAUAAAUGAGGUUUUGCUUGAAACUUUGUUCUUCAACAAAAUUUAAAAGGGGCUCUGAGAAUUUUUGUCAUAAAGACAUCUACCUACAUCAGUGCUUAACUCGAUUUGGCAAAAUUUGGAAUUGUGAGGUUUUGAAUGUUUUCUUCUCAUAUUUAUUUACUUUUAACUCGAAAUAAAAAAAAAAUAGUAAAACAAACUUAACGGGAAUCUUUCUAGUCAUCUUUAGUAUUAACUGUUUUAGGAUAUAAGAACAUGAGAUCUGUUACAAAAUACCAUACUCAUGCUUUGAUGUAAAUAUGAAUGGACCAACAUAUUUUGUGAACCAUUACAUUAAGACUUUUCUUUAAUUAAAUGUUAAUACCAUUA